CACACAUCAUUCUUCAGAGUGAUUAGGUCUUGGACUGUAGCACAAUGAAGGCUUUGGUGUUCCUUCUGCUCCUGGCGGUUGUCAGCGCUAAACAGUAUGAGCGCUGUGAGCUGGCAAGAGCCAUUCAACAAACUGGCUUGGCUGGGUAUGAUGGCAUCAGUCUGGGGAACUGGCUUUGCUUGGCCAAACAUGAGUCUAACUACAACACCGAUGCCAUCGACCACGACGCUGACGGAUCAACGGACUAUGGCAUUUUCCAGAUAAACGACCGUUGGUGGUGCAGCAAUGGACAAUUUCCUAGUGCUAACGGGUGUGGCAUCUCCUGUAAUGAACUUCUUAGUGAUAACAUCUGGGCAGCUGCUCAGUGUGCCAAGGUCAUAGUGAGACAGCAGGGCAUUACUGCAUGGGUGGCAUGGCGUGCAUACUGCAGGGGUCAGGAUGUAAGCUCUUACGCUGCAGGCUGUGGACUUUAAACAAAAUCAUGAAGUUACAAACGCAUCGCUUUAAUAUAACCAAAGCAAAUCAGUGGUAAUGAUGAUAUCCUGAAUAUGUAAUAGUGCAUUAAGAAAUCAAAUCAUCUGUUAGAUUAUCGACAUGAAUGCUCAAAUUGCUCAUAAUCUGCAAUGAGCCCACUAUUUAUACUCUUGUAGCAAUAUCAACAAUGCACUAAUAAAGCAUCUAAUACAGCAA